UCCCCACCACCAGGCCAGGGUUUAUCGCCCGCGCCGCCUCCUAAACCCGCAGCGCCGCCUUCCAGAAGAUUCCAGCAUCGUCGGCGGAGGCGGAGCCGGCCAACCAUGUGGGCUCUGCGGAACCUUCUCCGUGCAGCCUCGCCGUCGCUCCGUCGCAGCUCCGGGAGCUUCGCCGCGAGGGGUGAGGCGGCGGUCACGGCCUCGGACUUGGCGUCCGCGGAGUUGCUGGCGGUGGGCGCGUGGCGGCGGGCGAUGUCGACGACCAAGGGGAGGAGCAUGCGGAGCAAGGUGGAGAAGCGGAUGGCGAGGGAGACCGGCCGCACGCAGCGGGAACUCCGCCGCGCCGUCAAGCUCAGGAAGAAGCUCAUGACCGAGGACGAGAAGCUCAUCUACAGCCUGCGAAGGGCCAAGAAAAAGGUUGCUUUGCUUCUACAAAAGCUCAAGAAGUAUGAGCUACCAGAAUUACCAGCUCCUCGUCAUGACCCUGAGCUGUUAACAGCUGAGCAACUACAAGCUUACAAGAAGAUUGGAUUCAGAAAUAGAAACUAUGUGCCUGUUGGAGUUCGUGGAGUCUUUGGAGGUGUUGUUCAAAACAUGCAUAUGCAUUGGAAAUUCCAUGAGACGGUGCAAGUUUGUUGUGACAACUUUCCAAAGGAGAAAAUUAAGGAAAUGGCAGCAAUGUUGACAAGAUUGAGUGGUGGAACAGUGAUCAACAUUCAUAAUACCAAAACAAUUAUCAUGUUUCGAGGAAGAAACUACCGUCAACCGAAGAACCUCAUACCUUUCAACACACUUACCAAAAGGAAGGCUUUAUUCAAGGCUAGAUUUGAGCAGGCGCUUGAAUCACAGAAAUUAAACAUCAAGAAAAUAGAGACACAACUCCGUCGUAAGGGUAUCAAUCCAGAGGACCCGGUUGCUAUGGCCAGCAUCCAGCGUGUUGCCUCUACAUUCUUCCGAGCCAUAGAUGAACAGCAAGGUACUCCCUAUGUUUUCCGUGGGGAUACACAACCUGCUGCCGGAACUGCUGACAUAAAAGAACCACACGAUCAUCCAUCUGAAGAUAGCGACCAGGAGGAGCUUGACCGCUUCAUUGCAGAGAUAGAAAGUGCAGCAGAGAAGCAAUGGGAGGAAGAAGAGGCAGCAGAGAAAGAAGAAUCUUCAAGAAUGCAGUAUUGGGACAGAGAAGAGGUGGGUGAGCGGAGGGGUUUCAGUAGAAGCUAUGAACACUCAGAUGCUGAGGAUAGAGGACAGGGAAGAUAUAGGAGAGAUAAUAACAACAAAAGGACAUCAGACGCGAGGAGGUGGGAUGAUGAUAGCGAGAUCGAGGCAUCAGGUGAAGAAUGGGACUCUGGUGACGACAGGGAUAAUGUUCUGGGCUUUAACAAGGAUGUAGAUGCUCCUGAUGAGCAUACUCGACGAUUCGAAAGCAUGAGGAAUGAGAAGAGCAGAUACAGUCGCAGGCAGAAUUUUAUUCCUAUGGGAGAGGUGGGUGAGCGGAGGCGUUUCAGUAGAAGCUAUGACAACCCAGAUGUUGAGGAUAGAGGCCAGGGAAGGAGAGAUAGCAACAACAAAAGGACAUCAGACGCGAGGUGUGAUGAUAGUGAGAUCGAGGCAUCAGGUGAAGAAUGGGACUCUGGUGACGAUAGGGAUAAUGUUCUGGGCUUCAGUAAUGAUAUAGAUGCUCCUGAUGAGCAUCCUCGAUGUUUCGAAAGCACGAGGAAUGAAAAGAGCAGAUCUAGUCGCAGGCAGAACUCUAUCCCUGUGGGAUUCAGAGGUUCCAAUCGGAUUCCACGGAACUCAAUUGCUGCUUCUGAUAGCAGUAUGUUCAGGGACAGUAAUGAUGAUGAGUUAGUCACUGAAGAUGAGUUGUGGGGAUCGGAUUAUAAGGGGGAAGAAACAAACUCGAGAGCCCCUAAGGCGAAUUUCUCAAAUUACCACAGCAGUAGCGAUGAGGACAGUGAUGUCAACUGGAAACACAAUGACAAGACUGGUAAAAUGAAGAAAGAUACUGAUGAAAGUUGGGACAGUGACUGAGAACUCGAAAGAGUAAUGUUAAUAUGUGAUGGACGAAGGUCAGAACCAAAGAUUGUCAAACUUGGUUCUUUCAUGGCUGGUACUGCUUAUGUUUUCGUCCAAUGGAGAACUCCAGGAACUAGAAGAAUAAACAUGGUUUUCAUGAGAGCAACUGUUUGAACUUUAAUUGCAAGCUUCAGAUAGUGCUUAAGCUUCAGCUGCAAGUUUCAGACAGUGCCUUGGGCUCAGUUGACAGCAUGACGUCAGGCCAGCACGUAGUUAACUCUGUCAUUGCCUCCUGGGCACAUCACCAAAGCUUCUACCACUUGACAUAAUAAGGGGACAAGUUAUCCGGUGUUUCUUGCAGGAGCGAAUUUACUAUUGGGAAACUUCAUAGAUGGAGGUGCCUGAACUCUGAAGGUCUCAGAGAUGUGAAAUUCUUGUUCUGCAAUCAUUUGGAGAACAUAUUGUUUUGUGGGAGUUUUGAUUUUUUGCUGUGAACGAAGAACUUGCAUAUAGAUAUAUUUGUAGGUCCCA